CACUGGCCUGGGCAGUAAUAAUGUAAACAGAUACCUUAGAAUUCAAAACGAUAUACUUGGUUUUUCCAAUGUUUCAAGGGACCAACCAAUAAAGCGUUCAUCCAUCGGAAGUGCGUAUCUAGAAGACAUUUUAUGCUCCAUGGUUAUUUCAAUCGUUUCAGUGCCUCAUCGGACUGGCUUUCUAUAAUUCGCUCGCGCAGUUGGAUAUACUUUGUGCCUCUGAUGAUUUUUCUAAAUCUGUGUUUUGGACAGACGUAGCAAGCUAGCUCACAUCUCAUUUUCACAAUAUUGUGUCGUCAUCAAAUGAUGCUGGUUUUAGUUUUCAGUUUGAUGAUGAUGGUUCUCUUAAAUUGUGCAAUGACACCAGCGCAGAAGAUGGCUUUAGCAAUGUGUGAACCUGGAUACUACGCAUCAUCGCUGAUGACAAACAGUGUGAAUCCGUGCAUUCCUUGCUCUCGAUGUCAACCGGGUUAUUACCAGAUUAGUAGCUGUAAUGCUACGGAUGAUACCAUGUGUGCUGUAUGCCCUACGAAUACAUACUCCAAUGGUUGGACGUCUUUAUCUGUGUGCAAGCCAUGUAAAGUAUGUGGCAUACAUCAGCUAAGCGAUCCUUGUACACCAAUGAAAGAUACCUUGUGUAGGACGAAAUGCAGCACAGGUUAUUACUUCGAUACUGUAUCCCAACGGUGCAAACAGUGUUCGCUUUGCCCUGAUACUGGCGGUGAUAGGGUUUAUGAAUGCACACAGCAUGAAGGAAGCGGGAACUACCAGUGUAGAGAAGACUCAUUCAUUAGAGCCAGGAGGAUAAACCCAUCAAUAAUCACCAAGGACAAUAGCGAUGGGAUGACAGAUAAUUUGUCCUUAUUGGACAAGAUAUCGACAGAUACUGCAACAGCUCAUUUCUUGAAUCCUGAAGCACAUCAUCCUUCAUCUACAGCGGCUGCUGGGGCUGGGAAGGUCGAUGUACUCAUGUCGACAAUUGCAAUUCUGCAAUCAACAGGGUCGAUUUCCACCAAAAAGCUGAAUUCGUUUCUGCCCGUGUUAUCAUCGUCUACACCGACACCUACGACGUCAUUGGCUGCGACUGCGAUUGGUCACCAGUCGUCAUCGAAGUUUUCGGCGACCGAUAUCCUCAUUGUCAUCGGAAUCAUAGCAGCCAGUUGUGUCGUGUCUUUUGUGACGACAUACGUCACGUGUUAUUUCCUCAUGAAAAGAGGGAUAGUCAAAGGUGGCGAUGCGACGGUCGGCUUUGCCCGAGGACGUGAACCGGUCAAGGGUUGGCUCGCCGUGCCUCGGGGAGACGUCUUGAGAAACAUCGACGCGUUGCCUAGGAGAACAAGUAUUGAUAUGAUUUAACCCUGUCAGUUUGUUGAUUAUGAUGCAAUAUGGCUAGGUUCAUGGGUCCAUUCUUGAAAGAAGGGCGCAUGCCUGAAUAUUGUCAUAAUAAGCUCCUUUUCCAGGGCCCUUCAUUAUAACUAUAUAAAUCUAGGGCAAACGAUGAUGUCGGAUAUCGCAUCUACCUUCUUAUGAUUGCGCGUCAUCUUUCAAGAAUGGACACCAAGAUCCUGGCCUCCCUAUAUCCAAAGAGGCUGAAGCUGUUACUAAAGUUCAUUAAUAAAGAUGGUGCAAAAUUUGUUACGGGUAUAUAGGUUGCCGCGCAAGAUACACCUAGCGCAACGAGGAUAUAAUAUCUCCAGGGGAUAAAGGACUUAUCGGAUGUGUUAUCCCACAAGUCCUGUUUUAUCCGACGGUAACCAUAGCAACAGCGCUUAUCAGCCAAUCAAAAUCAUGGAAAGUUACCAGAGCUGACAACUUGCCGGACAAAAAUAUUAAUGAAACGGCAGUUACUCCGGUCAGACCACAUAUGGAACAACCUUUAUUUUGCAGCAUGCUGGGUGGUACAAUGGGCGCAGGCGAUAGCAUCGGAUUUGGUCUUUGCGUGGCUCUUUUACACUGUUACAUUAAACAAUUAUUAAGCAAAUUAAAGAACAUUAGAAACCCAUUUAUAUUUAUUUGAACUUUACAUAUCAAUAUCAUUAUAUUAUAGGGGGAGGGGGAUUGAUGUUGCAGGUGAUACUGCAGGUGCCAAGACAGCCAAGAAGUAUAUUAAGGGUUUACCAUUUAGUAAGGAAGACACGGGAUAGUCGAUUGGGGCGUAGCAGUGCUUUUGUUGGUUUGGGAAGCAGUUAUGAUAGUUAUAUUGUUACAAUUAUUAUUUUUAUUUUAUUAUUACUAUUAUUGUUGUUGUUGUUAUUGUUAUUAUCAUUGUUAUUAUUAUUAUUUCUAUUAUUGUCAUUGUUAUUAUCACCAUUAUCACAAUUAUCAUUAAUCACAGCUAAAUUAUCACUUCUUUUAACGCUAUAUUACUCCAUUCUUAUACGCCUAUAUACGAUGUGCUACUUUAAACUGCUUACUAUGUUGAUAGUGUAUUAUAUAAAUAACUGAAAAUUAUAUAAAUUUAGAGAUGUGAUUAAUAUCCCAAUGAUAUCUCUCUAAGCACAAAAAUAAUAUAACCCUGAAUGAUCAAAACGGGAUAACCUCUUGGUUGUUUCAAAACAAAUGGUGGGGUGAAUUCACAAAGAUUAUGAUCUUAACACUGGGGGAUCCAGGGGGGGGGGCACAUGCUCCCUUUUGAAAGUGAAGACUUUUUUUUCCCUCGGGAAAAUGUACCCCCCCCCCUUCGAAAAAUCCUGGAUCCGCCACUGGAUAUAAAGUUGAUGGCGUUGACUUUUUUCCAAAAUCAUAAUAGUUUAUCUCGAUGAUUAUCAUAACUUCCAAAUACAUCUUAUUGCCAGACCCGUGGCCGCUGCACACUCUAAAAACAAAUCAGUCAAAUUGACUAGACAAGUAGUCAGCUGGGAGCAACUGAUAUGGAAAUCAC